AUGAUUCCUCUCAUCCUCACUGCCACCAUCUUCGUCCUUAUCACGGGCUAUCUCGUCUUCCUCCCCGACUGGCAUCGCAGUCCCCACAACCUCAACGACGUCACCGAGCCAGCAACAGCAUCAAGACACAAGCACCACCACUUCCAAGCACCCAGACCCAAUAUCUGGUCUGACCUCACGGCCGACGAGGCAGAGGAAGUAUACAAUUUUCUCCUUCAAGAAUGGGCCGACCUCAACAUUACAAAAACCCCAAAGUCCGGCACAGACAACUUCAUCGUCACCAUAGAGACUCUACAACCCAACAAAACCCAGGCCGUGCCAUUUCUCUUUGAACAAGAAGCCGACAGACCAGGUCGGUGGGCCAAGGUCGUCCUGUCCCACCACACUGACGAUGGGCCCUUUCUGACAUACUACGCCGUCGGCCCGCUCCCCGUCUCGGCGGGCGGAGAAGAAGGGCAGGUGAGGACCAAGGCUGAGCUCCUGACGUACCCUUUCCACAAUGGCCGCAGCUCCGUGCCCAACCUGAUGGCGGACUUUGUAGGCAGCGGCGAGUUCGCGUUGAACCUGGCAGAGAACGUCUCAGACAUCACGACGGAGCUGCUCGGGGCCCAGGUCAACAAGAAGGACCCUCUCGACCCAGACAGUCUCCAGGCGUAUACACGAUUCACACGUCUCGAGGCGGACCUCGUGGUGGGCUGGAUCCAAUUCUUCAGGCCCGGGAGGGGAAGUUCUGGCCGCACACUGCUCCCACAGGGCCUCUACGCCAGGGUAGACGCAAGCAAGGAGGUCAGCCAGUGGGAAGUGAGCGAGUGGUGGUACAACGGCCAGAUGUUUGACGACGUGGACCACCUGCGCAGCGCGAUCAAGGCCCCAGACUUCCUGCGCACAGAGCCCAACGUCGACGGGCCAUGGACGGACACGGAGGACUUUGAUUCGCAUCCUACGGGCCGCGAGCUGCCGCCUCCGGUCUCGAUCCAGCCCCUGGGCCCUCGCUACAGGCUGGACAGGGCAGAACGGUUCGUGUCGUGGUUCGGGUUCGAGUUCUACUUCACCAGCACGCAGGCCACGGGCGUGAGCCUGUUUGAUAUCCGGUUCAAGGGAGAGCGCGUCAUGUACGAGCUCAGCCUGCAGGAGGCGCUGGCCCAUUAUGCUGGCGAUGAUCCGAUGGCAGGCGGACAGGAGUUCCUCGACACCUUCUUCGGCAUGGGCACCAACGCCUUCGAGCUGGUCCCUGGCUACGACUGUCCUGCCUAUGCAGACUAUCUCGACUCGGAGCUGCACCGCAGCGGCCGGACGGAGAAGCUGGCCAACAAUAUCUGCCUGUUCGAGUUCACCUCGGAUUAUCUACUCGCCCGCCACACGGCCCAGCACUCUGUGACAGUCUCGAGAAACACCUUCCUGACCCUCCGUUCCGUGUCGACGGUGGGCAAUUACGACUACACCAUCGACUACAACUUCUACCUAGACGGGGCCAUCGAGGUCAAGGUGCGCGCCUCGGGCUACAUCUACGGCGCCUUCUUCGCCAACAACCCCUUCAAGAACAACGACGAGUACGGCCACCGCAUCCACGACGCCCUCUCCUCGUCUCUGCACGACCACGUCAUCAGCUUCAAGGCCGACCUGGACGUCGCCGGCACCGCCAACGACAUGGUCCGCCUGGCCGUCGAGCCCACCGUCAUCAGCUACCCAUGGGAUCAACCCUACGUCAAAGAGCGCCACACGAUGCACCUCAAGGAAUACCCCGUGACCCACGAGACGGGCCUCGACUGGCCCAAGAACUCGGGCGAGUUCUACAUCGUGUACUCGGCCGACAAGAAGAACGCCUGGGGCGAGAGGCGAGGCUACCGUAUCGUCUCCGGCACGGGCAUGGGCAACACGCCGCACCUGACCAUCACCAACUCGACCUCGCUGGGGACCAGCGCCAGGUGGGCCGAGAGGGACGUCUGGGUCCUCCGGCGCAAGGACGAGGAGCCGCGCGCUGCAGACCCGCUCAACUACCUCGACACCCUCCACCCCAUCCUCGACUUCAACAAGCUGGCCGAUUCUGAGGCCCUGAGGGGCUAUGGCGAUGAUGACGACGACGACGACGACGACGAUGAUGAGAAUGACGGCGACCUUGUCAUCUACUUCAACGUCGGCAGCCACCACGUCCCCCACUCCGGCGACAUCCCCAACACCCUCAUGCACACCAGCGCCUCGGCCGUCAUGUUUGUGCCGCACAACUUUGCUGACCGCGACCCCAGCCGCGAGAGCGUCCAGGGCGUCAGGCUGCAGCUCAAGGGCGACAACAGCGGUGGCUUUGCGGGCUUCCCCGACCCGGGCGAGGACGGGGACGAGGGACAGCGCGAGCCGGGCAAGUCGUGGCCUGCUGCAGUGCAGCAGCAGCAGCAGCAGCAGCAGCAGCAGCAGGAAGACCUGAAGAGCCGCGAGAGGCGGGAGAGCGGGUAUAAGCGGCACGAGGGUGUGAAUUACUUCGGCACGCCAUACAAGAAGGGCGUUCAGGUGCCUCUCGAGGCUUUGGAGCCCGAUCUAUCAACGCAGUAUCAGACGAAGGAGGUCAGGGUGAGUGAUCUUGGGCUGAAUGGAAGCGCGGCAGGCCUUUGGAUUCCUUGA